GCCUCGCCCCGUGCGCCGCCCGCCCCGGGGCGCUUCUGCCGCUCGGCGGCCAUCGGCGGCCCCGGAGCCGCGGAGCGGUGAUUGUGGAGGGACCCCCCAGGUCCCUGUCAAAGAUGGAGCCAAAGGAGGAGAGUCGGUUUUGGGGGGACGCCAAGGACACUGCGACCAACGCUUUUGUCUUCCUCAGGAAAGGGCUGUCCGGGAGUGAAAGGCGAGAUCGUGGUGAAAACGGAGCCGGAGGAUGAGUCCUACAUCGGGUGUCCCCAGGGCCUGGGUGCCACCAUCCCCAGUGUCCCCAGCACCGGCAUCAAAGUGGAGGGUGGCGUGAAGAGCGAGUCCGAGGAUGAAGCGUACGGCAGUUCCUGCUCCAGCUCCCGGGAGGAGGACAUCCCCCAGGACACCGAGGACUGCAAUGCCAAGCCCGAGAUCAUCGUGAAGGUGGAGCCAGAGGAGGAGUUGUUCAUCGGGUGCCCACGAGGUCUGGAUGACCCAGGAGCUCCUGGCCACCACAGCGGUGCAGGUGAGCACCAGGAUGGCUCUGGGAGGUCCAGCAGGAUGGGGCGAGUGCCCCGGCUCGCUGGGUGCAGAGCAGGGGAAGGUUCCUUCCUCAACACACAGCAUGUUGCAGCAGGUCACCCCACAGAGAGCCCAGGGUGCAGGAUCCUGCCCCAAGUACCUGUAACAGGCCAGGUCCUGCAGAAAUCCUUCUUAAUAAUUGUCUGGGUGGUGUGCUUGUCUGGAAUGUCCUCACCCAGACACCCUCAGAGACAUUAACUCCACCCCAGAGGCAGGACUGUGGAAUCAGUCAUAGAAACCUUGAACGCCAGGUUGGAAGGGACCUCGGGGAUCAUCUGGUCCAACCUUUUUAGGUGAUCUAUAAUUUAAAUGAGAUGGCCCAGUGCCCCGUUGAGCUGAGCCUUCAAAGUGUCCAGUGCAGAGGAAUCCACCACUUCCAUGGGGAGGUAAUUCCCAUGUUUCAUUGUUCUCAUGGUGGAAGGUUUUCUGCUCAAAUCCAAUCAGAAUCUUCCCCAGGAGCAACUUCUCCCCAUUACCCUUGUCUUUUGCAUGUGACUCUUCAUAAACGAGUCUCCAUCCUCUUGGAGGAUGUUCUAGUAGAUGGUCAUAAGUUUCCCCUAAGCCUUCUCCUCUCAAAGCUGAACAAACCCAACUCUCUCAACCUCACUUUGUAUUUCCAGUCCUCUGAUCAUCUUUGUGGCCCUCUCCAGCCUGGUCACAUCUUUUUUGUGUAACCAAAACUGAUUAUAUUUGGGACCAAAACUGGACAGAGGACUCCACACGCAGCCUGACAAGUGCUGAGUAGGAAAAUCAUGGAACCAUGGAAUGCGUUGGGUUGGAAGGGACCUUAAAGCCCAUCCAAUUCCAACCCCCCUGCCAUGGGCAGGGACACGUCCCACUGGAUCAGGUUGGCCCAAGCCCCAUCUAACCUGGCCUUGAACAACUCCAGGGAUGGGGCAGCCACCACUGCUCUGGGCAACCUGGACCAGGGCCUCCCCACCCUCAUUGUGAAGAAUUUCCUCCUAAUGUCUCAUCUAAAUCUUCCUCCUUCCAAUUUAAAACCAUUCUCCUCAUCCCAUCCCUGCACUCCCUGACCAAGAGCCCCUCCCCACCUUUCUUGGAGCCCCUUUCGUCACUGGAAGCUGCUCUAAGGUCUCCCUGGAGCCUUCUCUUCUUCAGACUGAACAACCCCAACUCUCUCAGCCUGUCCUCAAAGCAGAGGUGCUCCAGCACUUGGAUCAUCUUCUUCAUCUGAUCAUAAUCACUUUAUCUCUGCUGGCGAUGCUUUCUUGGUGUACCCCAGCAUCCCGUUGACCGCCUUUGCUGCUGCAGCACAUGGCUUGCUCAUGUUGAGCUUUGUCAUCCACCAAGACCCCCAGGUCCUUCUCUACAGAGCUGUUCUCCAGCCAGGUGGGAACCCAGGCUGACCCUGCAGCUCCUGGCCAGCCUCGCCGCGGCGCCAAGGCAGGGCUGAGGUGCUGGUGCUCCAGCAGUGGUGGGAACGGGUUGGAGAUCCACAGCAGCCUAGUUGCUGCAGUUGCAUGAGCCCAACGUUUGGGAAGGCAUGCUAAAGAUGUCCCGUGAGGGGAGCAGGGCUGCAAGGUCUCCUGGGAGGGCUCUGGAGCUGCAGCAGGUCACAGCAGGGCUCCCUUCUCUUGGCAGGUGGCGAUGGGGAGUGGCGUCCUAAGGAGGAGCUUGAGGACGUGAAACCAGAGGCAGCAGAGCUGGCCAAGAGCCUGAGGGGUGCCUCGGGGGGCCCCCGGGAGCUCAGACUCCAGUCCCACCUCAGCCCAGGGAUAGGGCAGCAGGCGCAGGGUGCAGCGGCCGAGCUCCGGUGCAGCCUGAUGGUGCCCAGGGUUCCACGAGCCACCCCCGAGCGCCGGGGGCACUGCCUGGAGAAGAGCCCAGCUCCAGUGGUGCCAGCGAGCAGCGCUGGGCAGAAACCCCCUUCUGCCUCUCCCUGUGGGGUGGGCAGCAUCGUGGUCCCCCGCCCCGAGCUGGCGCGGCGGCCACGCAGCCACGCAGCUGAGCGUCCCUUCACCUGCAGCGAGUGUGGGAAGAGCUUCCAGCACCGGGGGAACCUCAUCACCCACCUGCGGGUUCACACAGGGGAGAAGCCCUUCACCUGCACCAUCUGCGGCAAGAGCUUCAGCCAGAAGGGCGACCUAAUGCGGCACCAGCGCAUCCACACAGGUGAGAAGCCGUUCGAGUGCACCGUCUGUGGCAAGAGCUUCUGCUCCAAGCAGACCUUCAUCCUGCACCAGCGCAUCCACACCGGUGAGAAACCCUUCUCCUGCACCGAGUGCGGCAAGAGCUUCAACCGUAAGGCCAACUUCCUCACCCACCAGAAGAUCCACCGCGGUGAGCGCCCCUUCAUCUGUGCUGAGUGUGGCAAAGGCUUCUGCGCCAAGAAGACCUUCAUCCUCCAUCAGAAGAUCCACAUCGGUGACCGUCCCUUUGGCUGCUCUGAGUGCGGCAAGAGCUUCAGCCGCAAUGGCGACCUGACCCGGCACCAGCGCAUCCACACCGGCGAGCGCCCCUUCGCCUGCGCAGACUGUGGCAAGUGCUUCAGCCACAACGGUGAGCUGAUCAAGCACCAGCGCAUUCACACCGGCGAGAAGCCCUUCACCUGCACCGAAUGCGGCAAGAGCUUCAACCGCAAGGGCACCCUCAUCACCCACCAGCGCAUCCACACUGGCGAGCGCCCCUUCGCCUGCCCCGAGUGCGGCAAGACCUUUAACCUGAAGACUACGCUGAUGAAGCACAAGCGCAUCCACACGGGUGAGCGUCCCUUCACCUGCCUGGAGUGCGGGAAGAGCUUCAAGUACAAGGGCAACCUCCGGACCCACCACCUUACCCACACAGUGGAGCGGGUCUACCCUUGCACUGAGUGUGGCAAGAUCUUCAGCCACAAGAAGGAGCUGACGGUGCACCAGAGUGUGCACACGGAGGAGAGGAUCCUCUCCUGCUACCAGGAAGGAGAGUCCUUCAACCCGUUCCUCCCCAUGCACCCGCUCCUCAUGUCCUGCAGCAAGCUCCCAGUGUCACUGGAAGCCUUGUCCAAGUACAAGUAGGGGGGCUGGUGGUUGUGGGAGAGCCCGGUAUCCUGCCCGUGGCACAUCCCCACGGCUGGAGCGGUGAGAGGAGGACCGAUGCCAUCACUGGAGACUUAGAGCUGCCGUGGGGCUGGGGCUUUCCCUGGCUGUAGCACGGCGUGGUGGAGCCCCGGGUUCCUGGGCAGGAGACACCGGAGAGGGAAGGAGCAGGGAUGCUGCUGGCUUUCUGCAGUGCUGGAAGAGCUGCUCCAGAUGGGGCUGGUGGCCACUUGUGGGGACACGCAGUGGGGCUGAGACCCAGAGUGAGUGCCCCGUGCUGGCACUGUUCACAUCCCCCACAUCAUGGGAGGCUUCGUCUUCCCUCACCCUGAGUCGCUGCCUCUUUAGAAACCUUUCAAAGCCAAUUGCAAUGGGUUGAUAUGAAGACUGGGGUCACCUUGCCCCUCCCCACCAGCACAGGGCUCUCCCCUCAUGGGGUUUUCUGUCCCCGAUGCUGUGUCAGGCCUGGCUUGGGCACCUCUCUGUGAUCCCCCCCACUGUUGCAGUCACAGCCCCCCCUUCUCUUCUGCACAGGGACCCCAGUCCAGCUGCUGGUUGGAAAGGGGUCAUUCUGGAUCUGAGAGUCCUAGUUUCUCCUUCCCCCUGUCCGACACGGAGACACUGGACUUGGAGCUGAGCCGACAGCUCACUGCGUGCAGCGCAGCCCUUCUGUCCCCUGGCACAGCCCUUUGCCGUGAUGCAAGAGGGGCGGUUUUGGAUGGGCCAAGGAGGAGAGAGGCCCUGGGGCCACCAAGGGCUCCCCAGCUGUCUCUCUCUCCCCUCCUUGCCCCGUGGCUCGAUGUGAUGCUCAUCCCUUCCUUGCCUCAGUUUCCCCACCUGUAGAAUGGGAGUAACGCCUCUUGAUGUGGCUGCCUGCCAGGGCGGGAGGGGGAAGGUUAACCCCUUCCAGGCCGUGCAGAGCCCUGGGGAUGGCAAAGGAUGUGCUGGGGGGGUUCGCUGCUGCUGGGAAGCAGGGACUGCCGGUGGCUUAGGCGGGGCAUGAGAAUCCCCCAGGGAGCCCUUGAGAUGCAGGAGGUGAGGACCACGUGUAUUUAUAGCUCUGUUCUUUUCUGAUCUAGAAACCAUCAAUAAGUGCAAAACAAAUUUUGAGGGAACCCAUUUGUCCGGUACAAUUUGCUGCGUGAUCUAUCUGCUCACCGUGCCUGGUCACCCCUCGCGUGGGAGCUGCAGGACCCCUCGUCCCUCGUUGCUGGGGGGUUUCUACCGCAUCCGCCUCAUCUCGGUCCCCAGCCGCUGCCUGCCCAGGAG